GCCUAGGCCGCCAUGAUGGUUACCGUAGUAACCGCGAUAAACGAAGGGAAAAGCUUGUUUGCCGCUGCCGGGAGUGAAAGGGAAUGCUUUAUUUGCGUUAGUUAAUUUUUUUCCUUCUAUUGGUAUUCCCCACCCUACUCGUCCCGGCAUCGGAUAGUAAAACGCGGUAACGACCGCUGUGGGCGCGGCUCGGUCCGCCAAUCUCGGAAGGCCUCGCGAGAAUUGAAAGCGGUGCGGCCGGGCGCCGACCUGCCCUUGAGCGCGCGGCAGAAGCAGCCGCUUUCGCUCCACAAUGACGCCGCGCGUCGUCCCUCUGGUGAAGUUCCUGGCCAAAGGCGCCCUAGCCGGCGGCGCCGUCUACGUGGUUUAUGACCAGGGGCUUCUCCGAGGGGGCGAGCAAGGGGCUCAGGCCCUCCGGAAGGCCAAAGAGGCACUCCCCCCAGCCCUGGAGGAGUGGGUGGCCUAUUUUGGCUGGCAGCUUCCAGCUGUUCCGAAAACUGAAUUUUCUCUCUGCAAUUCCUGGAACUCGGGGGUUCGGACCAUCAUCGGGGCGCUCUCGGUGGCCCCCACCCGGGCCACGGAGUACACUCAGUACGGCUGGAAGUACGUGAAGGAUCUCGCCAAAUGAAACCAUCCAACACAGAAACCGGGGGCUUCUCUUGGCAUCGCAGGGGCAGAUUCUCGGCGCCCACAGCUGGGGAAGGGCCCCGCUCCUAAAGGGCUCCAAUAAAAAGACUUGGAAAGGGCCGUCGA